AUGCACGAAGCCAAGGAUAGCGUGAACUGUUUGGCAGUCAACAAAUGGCAAAUCGUCACUGGCUCUGUUGAUCGAUGUAUUCGAAUUUACGAUAUUCGCAAAGGCCAGCUCACUGAAGAUUUUGUCGGAUUUCCCAUCACUUCGAUUUCCUUAUCUAUAGAUGCUCAGUGUGUGCUUGUUGGUUGCCAAGAUUCAACAAUUCGUCUCUUUGAUGCGCUUACUGGAGACUUGCUUAAUAAGUUUUCUGGUCACAAAAACACUACUUACAGAGUAGAUUCAACUCUAAUGAACUACGAUGCCCAUGUGGUCUCCGGUUCAGAAGAUUCCGACCUUUCCGUUUUAAUUUGGGACCUGGUGCGUGGCGGCACAGAAGCCCUUAUUUGCCUUUCACAUAGCCUCAAUGGUCCUGCUUUUUCAGCCCGUUUGACCAAUUCAACUGAACCUGUGUCCGGAUUAGCCAGAGCGGCUGCUUCUGCCUCAGCAUCGGCUGGUUCUCUCUUUGUUCAUUCAAUCAGUCCUCAUCCUAAGGAAUGCCGACUACUUACUGCAGCUGGUGACUAUAUCUGGCUGUGGAGUUCGGAGACAGAAGAAUCUACUACAUGA